AUGAACACGUCCGUUAGUGAGCAUGUUUUCACAGGUGAAAUUUUUAGAGGCGGAGCAGAUAUUCCUGCCUCCUCAAACUACCGGCAAACGCAAAGUCUCCGCGGCAUUCACCCCUCCCCCCUCCAUGACCUCCUAGAGUUUGCCGAAGCCCACAUUCACACAAUUCAAGGCUACCUCCAGCGUGGGCUUAGCCCAGGAGAAGCAAUGAGCGCAAUAGGCAUGAGCGAACAGAUACAGAGCGUAUUGGUUGACCCCGAAUUCGAAGGGAUCCGUCAAACCGAGGAGAUACAAUUCUGGCUCAAGCUGGCCGUCCGGACGAACUACGAGAUAAUCCGCUGGAACCGGCGGAUACUCAAGAGCCAUGCUAAGAGGCGGAGCGAACCCAAAUGA